AUGGACGGUCCUCCGAGAAAGAAACACAAGGACCGUUCCGCUGCGGUGGUAGGCAUAUCUCGCCUGAUAGCUGCGUGCCAGCGCUGUCGAAGCAAGAAGAUCAAGUGUGACCAGAACUUCCCAAAAUGCUCCAAGUGUGAACGAGCCGGUCUCGAAUGCGUGGGUAUCGACCCUGCCACGGGUAGAGAAGUGCCCAGGCUGUAUGUGUACCAUUUGGAAGAAAAAGUGCAAAGAUUGGAAGCCCUUCUUCGCCAGAAAGGCUUGGAUCCUUCUGGAGAGGAGGAAAGCCCAGCGCUGGCGCUGGUGCUGGUGGCGUCUGAGCCUGUGGGUCCCAUGGGCGUCACAUUUGCAAAAUUGAUGGUUACAGCGAACCGCAUGAAUAUGGGUCCCAGCGACCUGCUGGCUCUGGUUCCCGUGGACGUUUCUCCAGCUAUACUACCACCGAAAAAGACCGCCAUGGAGUUUAUCCGAAUAUUUUUUGCCCAGAGCAACUCCCAGCUUCCAGUGCUUCAUAGGGAGACCUUCCUUCGUGACAUAUUUAUUCCCGUCUACGGCGCCUGGGACGAAAACGUGCUGUUGGCCUCAGACUACCUGGCCUUCAAUAGAAGCUGCUACGACGAUUCCAUCAUGCCAGACGAACAGACCUGGUUGGCUCAGUACAAGCAGGCGAUGCAAGCGCUGCUUUCUGGAGACCAGGAUCCAGCUAGAGCGUCUCUGUCGAUUCCCACGCCCGAGGGCUUCCGCAAGCCAUUGUUCUUCUUGAACAUCAUCUUUGCCAUCUCCUCGUCAACAAAUCACUUGCAAUACCAUACCCACAUGAGCGAGCUGUUCAAGGAAGCCGCCAUGAGACAUGUGGAUGCUACAUAUUCCACAGCCGAUCUGCUUGAGCAACUUGAGGCUGUGCUUCUACAGACGCUUUAUCUGGUAAUGAGACCCAAUGUCCCUGGAGUGUGGUAUUUGCUAGGCACUGCGCUACGAUUAUGUGUGGAUAUGGGGCUUCACAAGGAGGAGCACCCUAAAGCACAGACAAUGUCUGCGUUCACCAAGGAUCGCCGCAGAAGGCUUUUUUGGUCCACUUACUCAAUCGACCGUCAAAUGUGCUUCUAUUUGGGAAGACCCGUGGGAAUUCCCGAAGAGUCCAUCACCGCACGGUUACCUUCUGAAUUGGACGAUGCCUUCAUCGAUCCAAGCGACAAUAAUACCAGAGACUAUUCAGACAACAGCGGCGGCAUGGCCUCUUGCAAAACAAUCACCCUUUCCUUCUUCAAAGUGCGUCAGAUCCAGCUGGAGUGCCAAAGAAUCCUAUACGAAAACGGCGAGCUUCCUAGACGCUUCUCCAAUUUGGCUCAGUGGAAAGCACAUAUUUCAGAAGAGCUCGAGCUUUGGCGUGCCAGGUGCCCCAAGAAGUCCCGCAAGAUGAACUGUGAGUUCAACACAGAGUUCUUUGACCUUAACUAUUACCACACUCUUUUGUUGAUUAACGGGCUUUCCAAAAAGACAUUCCAACUUGCGCCCGACGCCUACUUCAAGGUUCUCGAGGCGCUGAAGGGCCUUAUGGCGUGUUACAGUAAGCUUUACCACAAGAAGGCCAUCAACUACACCUGGGCUGCAGUGCACAAUUUGUUCAUGGCUGGAACCUCAUACCUUUUUGUGCUUUACAACUCAGAACAACUGCGCAGCCUGAACAGCGCUGACGAAGUUAAAGUCGUCACGGAGGACUGCCUACUGGUUUUGGCGCUGUUGGUUGCAUCUUGCACGGCCGCAAAAUCAUGUAUGGACACUUUCCUGAUGCUCACAGCAGUGGUGCUCAAGUUGCGCUACGAUGUUGCAGUCGAAGGCACCAUGGUGGGAAUUAGCAAACACCAACUUGACCUGGUAAGUGGAACUGGAAGCUUGAAGGGCAACUUGGCAAGUCUUGUAGAAGGCAUUGCAAAUGAAAGCGAGAAGUCUCAGCAAGAAGCGUCUCAUGAUCUGCCUCGUUUUGGAUGGGUUUCUCGUGAGGCCUUUGAGCCGGAGCCUCGUACUUAUGAGCAAGCUCUUCCCACACCUAUGAUGCCCGAAACUCACCUCGAAGAUUUCUUCUUGGAACUUGAGAAUCUCUCGCCCGUCUCGUCUAUCAGAGAACCAACCAACAUGGACUUGACGAUUUCCAACGAAUUGCCUAGCGGGCAAAACAGAGACGGAAAGCGAGUGUUUGAGCUUAUCCAGCAAAUGCCCACAGAACCUAUCUGGGACCAAUUCUUUGGUCGUCUGAUGGCGCCAUCCUUCAAACAGGAGCCCACGACACCAUAG